AUGGGUAAGGAGGACAAGACUCACAUCAACGUGGUCGUUAUCGGCCACGUCGACUCCGGCAAGUCGACCACCACUGGUCACUUGAUCUACCAGUGCGGUGGUAUCGACAAGCGUACCAUCGAGAAGUUCGAGAAGGAAGCCGCCGAACUCGGCAAGGGUUCCUUCAAGUACGCUUGGGUUCUUGACAAGCUCAAGGCCGAGCGUGAGCGUGGUAUCACCAUCGACAUUGCCCUCUGGAAGUUCGAGACUCCCAAGUACUAUGUCACCGUCAUUGACGCUCCCGGCCACCGUGAUUUUAUCAAGAACAUGAUCACUGGUACUUCCCAGGCCGAUUGCGCUAUCCUCAUCAUUGCCGCCGGUACUGGUGAGUUCGAGGCUGGUAUCUCCAAGGAUGGCCAGACUCGUGAGCACGCUCUGCUCGCCUACACCCUGGGUGUCAAGCAGCUCAUCGUGGCCAUCAACAAGAUGGACACUGCCAACUGGGCCGAGGCUCGUUACACCGAGAUCAUCAAGGAGACUUCCAACUUCAUCAAGAAGGUCGGCUUCAACCCCAAGGCUGUUGCUUUCGUCCCCAUCUCCGGCUUCAACGGAGACAACAUGCUCCAGGCCUCCACCAACUGCCCCUGGUACAAGGGCUGGGAGAAGGAGACCAAGGCUGGCAAGUCCACCGGCAAGACCCUCCUUGAGGCCAUCGACUCCAUCGAGCCCCCCAAGCGUCCCACGGACAAGCCCCUCCGUCUUCCCCUCCAGGAUGUCUACAAGAUUGGUGGUAUCGGAACGGUUCCCGUCGGCCGUAUCGAGACUGGUGUCCUCAAGCCCGGCAUGGUCGUCACCUUUGCUCCCUCCAACGUCACCACUGAAGUCAAGUCCGUCGAGAUGCACCACGAGCAGCUCGUCGCGGGCCAGCCCGGUGACAACGUUGGUUUCAACGUCAAGAACGUUUCCGUUAAGGAAAUUCGCCGUGGUAACGUUGCCGGUGACUCCAAGAACGACCCCCCCAUGGGUGCCGCUUCUUUCACCGCCCAGGUCAUCGUCAUGAACCACCCUGGCCAGGUCGGUGCCGGCUACGCCCCCGUUCUUGACUGCCACACUGCCCACAUUGCCUGCAAGUUCGCCGAGCUCCAGGAGAAGAUCGACCGCCGUACCGGUAAGGCUACCGAGACUGCCCCCAAGUUCAUCAAGUCCGGUGACUCUGCCAUCGUCAAGAUGAUUCCCUCCAAGCCCAUGUGCGUUGAGGCUUUCACCGACUACCCUCCCCUGGGUCGUUUCGCCGUCCGUGACAUGCGACAGACCGUCGCUGUCGGUGUCAUCAAGGCCGUCGACAAGUCCGCUGCCACCGCUGGCAAGGUCACCAAGUCCGCUGCCAAGGCCACCAAGAAAUAA